GGUAACUUCAUGUUUUGUACUUCUCAUUUUUCUCUUCGUUAACUAAUUGAGAAUGUGUAAGAUCUAGUUUGAUUUCAAUAUCAUUUGGUGAUUUAAUAGUGUCUGUGCAAUUAAGAAAAACAGAGGUGAACAUGAGAUCCAACUUGGGUCAUUAAAGGCUACGAAUAUAGAAAAGUAGCAGAAACAAAACUUCCAAGGGAAAUAGAAAGAGAAAGAGAGUGGUUUAGUAGGCAUUUCAGAUCAGCAGCAGCGCUGAUCAGCAGUGGGGGCGUUGACGACAAAGGCAAAAAUGUCACGACUUCACGAAAUAGGCAAAUAACUAGUGGAGUGAGUAGUAAUACGAGGUCGUAAAACGUUUUACUAUCUCUCAUUAGCGAGAGAUAGUCAACGUCUGGCGAACGGCUGUCUUUUGGUGAUCCAUUUUAUUAAAUUCAAAACAAAUAUGGUUUCUACACGUCAGUCAAGUAAUAGUAAUACAAAUAGUGAUGGAUCUAUAUUUGUGGAACUUGGUAAAAACUUUGAUGCAGGACCAUCAGGUACACGGAGAAAUCAACAGCAGAAUACUGGUUUAUCAACUAAUGUAACAGUUGCAUCUCCAGGGGAACACAGUUCUUAUAUAAAUUUGUUAGAUUUACCCGUAGAAAUUUUACAAAAAAUUUUAGGCUAUUUAGAUUAUAAUACAAUUGCUCAUUUACGUCCAGUAUGUCAUCAAAUGGAUAAAGUUUGUGGCUCUAUUUUAAAUUCAACAUUUCAACGUUUACAGACACAAAUGCUUAGUCGCUUUCAAGCUAUAAAAGCACAAAUGCCAAGAAGAGAAUCAGCUAGACGUAACCAUCCAUUAGCUUGUGAAUCAGAUAUUAUUGAAACCUUGCACAUGCGACUUACUCUUUUACAAAUGAGCUUUGGAAAACAUAUCGAACGAAAACAUUGUUGCUUUUUUCCUGGCGAAUUAUUGAAUGAAGUAUACCGAAUUUUGCAUUAUAUUAAAGUGACGCCGAAACUCGCUCGGCCCUACAAAGUAACGGAUGAACUGUUUGAUUUGAGUACAAUGGCUAUGGAAUAUUUUAAAGAUUGUAUCGAGCCAAAGCUUCCUGAAAUACCUUAUUUUGGUGCUGAAUUUUUAGAUUUAGCAGGAACAUUCUCUUCUUCUUCGGCUGUGAAUAAAUUUUCUCUGUGCCUGGAUACAGCACCAUUGAGCGUAUCAGAAGGAAAGGUACGUGGCAGCGGUAGUGAAGGUUCGCCCCUACGUUCUGGAAACGAUGAACCAGGUGGCAGUUGCACCAGUCACGGAUUGGAUGCAAGUGUAGCAGCUUCAGUUUCACGGCCUCAGUCUAACAUGGUAUUGCGUAAACGCAUACGCAAGAUUAAACAGGGCAUGAAGCGUUAUAACAGUCAACUAAGUCUUAUGCGUCGGGAUCUCAGAAACUGUAAAGCAAAAAUAGCCGAACAACAAAAGCAGAUCGUUGAAUAUGCGACAAGGCUCGAUGAUAAUGACAAGAAAAAUGAUGAGACCUCCAGGAAAUUCAGUACUCUUCUACAGGUAUUUACAAAGGAGUUAAACAAGUGUAAAACAGAAUUACAAUAUUGGCGAUCAAAGUCGCCAGCAAUACCUGUAUGUUUUGGUUGUGGGCAGUCGAUACCAGUACCCACAGAAGAUCUGCAGGCUUUAACAAAUCAAGGUGUACUGUCUAAUGUCGAAGCAAGCAUUAAUGAAGGUUUAGACUUCAUUCCUAUAGCUGACAUGCCCGUGCAUAGUCCCACAGAACGAGAAAUAGAUACAAUGGUAAGCAAUCAGCCAGCAACACAACAGCAGCAACAAUCAACACAUCAACAACCUCAAUCUAGUAGUAGUGCAGCAUCAUCAUUAGAGCCAAUGGCAGCACCAAUCUCCUUGCCUUUGAUCUCUUCGAAAAGAAAGUCCAAUUCGUUAUGUUUGGAAGAAGACGCCUCAAAGAAGCCGCGACGUGCUCUUAAGUCUCGUCAAGCUAAACGUUCAAAAAUUUAAAUGAUCCUCUAUUCUAUUUUAUGGUUUCAAUCUUCUUCUACUCUGUAUAAUCUAUAUUUCUUCAUCUCUCUUUCUUAAACCACACUAUCUACUACUGUAUUUUCUUUAUCCCGUUAUAUUUUACAAACACCGCGCGUGUACACACAAUAAAAACAAAAAUGUAACAAACACUAACAGACGCAACAAAGACUAUAUUUUUAAUGAAUUGUUUUCUUUUCGGGAACUAAUGUGAUUAAAGUAAAAUAUUACGGUAAUUAUAGAAUUUGAGUAUUUGGAAGUCUAAAGUUUCAAUCUACUUUCGUAUUCGUUUACCGUGAUAGACUUACUUUUUCACAUGUACUACUCACUACCUCUCAUCCCUUCUCACUUCUGUGCCUCUUGUUGAGGCGCGCUAUCUAACUUCUGUCUCAAAAAAAUUCUCACAUGAAUUGUCGGCAGUUUUUUAUUGCGUUUAUUCACGGCAAUGAGCGGAUGAUCUUAAAAGAGUACAAAAUUUUUCCCGAUCAUCAAUUAUAUUUUCACACAAUGAAAUUUUUAUCCGGAUUAAUUUCUGGCACUCGUGUGCGUCUGUGCGUGUACAGAACGUAUCGCAUCUGAGUUUCAGAAAUCAUUUUGUCGAAUUAUAAAUAGUAGAUUAGAAGAUAAGACAAUUUGUAUAUUGUGUGCCUUCGGCAUUCAACAUGUAACUUUGUAUUUGAUAAAAAUGCAAUACUAUUUUUUUUUCUUUUAAU